GUUGAUAUCAGUCAGCAUUACGUAUACGACCAUGUCGGACCUUGACAAUGAACCCAUGCUGAUUACGAAUAAAAUAGAGGAGGCGAACGCGGAACCCAAUGGAAAUGCAAUCCAUCCACACAGUAACGGACGACUGGGCGGAUACGUGUUGGAGCCUGCAGUUUUUCUAGUCUUAUUUGCCAGAUGUUUGAUUGAUGCGGUUUAUCAGAAUCAAAUACUUUAUCAAACUUGCCUCCAGGCAUUGCAUUAUAAUUCCACACAAUGUGAUCCGUUUUUGGGCAUUGAUCGCAGCUCUGAAGAGUCCAAGAGAAUUGAGGUACAAGUUCAGGAAUAUGCGGCAAACAUUAUAAUGGUUAGUUCCCUAAUGGAGAGCUUUUUCCCAGCUGUGGUGAGCCUCUUUUUCGGGCCUUGGUCCGAUAAAUUUGGCAGACGACCCAUUUUGUUGGCUGCAUUUGUGGGUUACUUGUCCAGCAGCAUUAUUUUGACCGCCAUCACACAGAUAAGUUUGCGAGAAAAUAUCAGUCCCUGGUGGUAUAUUCUAUACUCGGUGCCAUCGAUCUUCAGUGGGGGAUUUUGCUCGGUGUGCGCCGUGUCUUUUUGUUAUAUAUCCGAUGUGACAACUGCCAAGACAAGACCCAUGAGGAUGGUGCUGAUGGAUGCUGCUAUUUCAGUUGGAUUGAUAGGUGGCAGUGUGACUAGUGGUUAUAUCUAUGAACUGACCACAGCUGCUCCAUUAUUCAUGAUUUCGGGUUCUCUAAUGGCUAUAUCACUGAUAUAUUUAAUUAUCUGGGUGCCAGAAAGCUUAAGGCAUGAGCAUUUAUCCCAUAGUCACCGCCUACAUGAACUUUUUCGCAUGGAUUUGCUGAAAGAUCUGUGGCACACAUGUUGCCAAAGUCGAGGGCAUUCAGAGAAUUUGAUUAUCUGGCUGACUAUGCUGGCCCUGACCAUACACAUCUUUGCGGCGGAGGGAGACAAUAGUGUGAAUCUCUUGUUUAUACGCGAGCAAUUCGAUUGGACUGUCAAGGAUUUUAGUAUUUUCUAUGUCGCCCGUCUGUUUAUUCAAAUUCUUGGGAGUAUUCUCGUUCUGUCCGUCCUACGGCGCUUCGUAAAGUUAUCCAUUCAUGGCAUGGCCAUUCUGUGCCUCGGCUGCAUCGUCCUCGAAAGUACAACACGGGCCACAGCUCAGUACUCCUACGAGAUAUAUCUAGGUCUGGUUCUGGGCAUUAUGCGCGGUGUUUUGGGGCCCAUGAGCAAGACUAUUCUAUCGGAAGUGACGCCCAGCUCCGAAGUGGGCAAGAUAUUUGCAUUAUCCAGUUCACUACAAGCAGUUACUCCCAGUCUAGCAGUGCCUCUCUAUACAACAGUUUACAAAACAACCGUGGAAAAUUAUCCAGGGGCCUUUAAUGUGAUUAGCCUGGGAUUGAACUUCCUGGGUUUCAUCCUAAUGAACGUUGUCUAUUGCAUUCAAAAAUCAACGGAAUGAAACACAACACAAAACAAGGCAAAUUGCCGCCAUGUUCAAGU